CGCGGGAUCUCGUACAGUGCGCACGUGUCGUAAUAAAUACUACGUGUGGAUUAUAGCCAAAUCUAUUUCAAAUACGGAAAAAUCAUGAACACCGGCUGGCUAGUAUGGGAGUGCGUCGUGUUUGGCAUAUUCGUGUUCGCUUCGUCGUUCGCGCCGCUAUGGAAACGCAAGAAGGACGCGAAGGCGGGCGGGAACGCGAAGCGAGCGUACAUCUUCGCAGGGGGAGGGGUGUCCGUGCUGGCUAUGGUUUUAUCUGUGGCUAGAGGCACGCUGGGAGUCAGAUUGUUUUUGGGCUUCCCCUCCGAGCUGGUGUACUUCGGAUCUGCAAUGUGGGAGACUCUGUACGGCAUGAUCUUAGCCUUUCCCAUUGUUUGCUGGGUCUUCAUACCGGUGUACUUUAGACUGCAAACCAAUUCUGUUUAUGAGUAUUUGGAGAUGCGAUUCGGGUCUAAAUCAGUCCGUCGUAUGGCGGCCGCUACAUUUCUCCUACGUCAGAUUCUGAACCUCGCUGUCACAGUAUAUACUCCUACAGUAGCCUUACAUGCUAUUCUGGGGUUACCUCAUUGGGCAUCGGCUGCUGCGCUCACAGUUGUGGCUGUGGUUUUCAACUUACUUGGCGGCUUGGCUGCUGCUAUACGAGCUGAUGUCAUACAAACGUUGACAAUGGUUUUAGUGAGCGGUGCGUUUAUAAUACAGGCUACGAUCAAGUCUGGUGGUCCAGUAAAGGUUGUAAGAGAUAAUAUUGAGGGAGGAAGGAUGAACUUCUUCAAUUUCACGUGGGACCCAACAGUACGAGUGGACACAUUCUCGGCCAUCCUUGGCCAACUCUUCAUGUCCGUAUCCAUCUACGGUUGCCAACAAACAUUGGUCCAACGUUAUUGUUCCAUGCCAAGCGAAGCCAAAGUCAGGAAGAUACUCUUGGCCAAUGUUCCUGCCUUCUGUAUUCUAUUCAGUUUGUCCUGGGUUGUUGGAAUGGCGCUAUAUGGUCUAUAUAGAUAUUGUGAUCCGCUAAUGAGCGGUAGAAUUAGUGAACCCGAUGAAGUUUUGCCUUUUUAUGUGCAAGAUCAGUUUGGUUUCUUGCCUGGAAUGCUAGGGUUGUUCUUGGGCAGUAUCUUCAAUGGCGCUUUGAGUUUUAUGGUUUCCAAUAUAAACUCAUUGUCCACGGUUACAUGGGAAGAUUUUAUCUCAACUGCACCAGCGUUCAGGGGCAUAAGUGACAAACAACAAUUGACGAUCAUUAAGGUCAUUGGCGUCAUUUACGCUGUAACAAUAAUGGGCAUGUCGCUAUUCGUGAGUCUGGUCAACGGCGUAGUAGAAGCGAACAUGCUAGUGACGUCAGCAACAUCAGGUGCUCUGCUCGGCGUGUUCCUAUUGGCCGCUCUGUUCCCGAUGGCCAAUGCGAAGGGGGCCUUGUGCGGGAUGAUCAUAUCGCAUGUUCUGACCGUCUGGUUGGCACUGGGGAGACUUAUUUAUGUGGACGCGAAGAUGGCCAUGCUGCCACUGUCUGUUGAGUCAUGUCCAAACGCAACACUAAGCGCACUAAAUCCCAAACCAAUGGCGGUAGUUGUAAACCGCACACUCACACAGUACGCGACGGUAUUCGACGCUAUAGACAGCACGCACACACCUAGACCGCCCACUGAGAAUCUAUUAUUUGACACGCUCAUGAAAGUCUACUCAAUAUCAUACAUGUGGUAUGCCGUUAUAGGCACGCUUGUGUGCGUAUUUUGCGGCAUCGUGAUUGGCUACAUCACAGGCACGGACGAGGACAAUUUCGACGAACGCCUCAUACAUCCAUUAGUGGCCAAAAUCGCGCGAAAAAUGCCCGGAAGACAGCGUACAUUCACUACUGUGGAACGCGAAAAAACGUCAGAGGAAAAAGAACCUUCUGACAAAACUAUUGAGACGAUAGUCGAAGAUGAAAAACCGGCGCUAAAACCGGUGUUUUCUACUAAUAAUAGUAAAAUAUUUGAUGUGUACGAUAGCAAAAUGUCCCCUAUGAGGACGAGACUAUGACGUGUUGAGAUUGUUAGUGUAAUUUAUUUAUUAGAGAGCAGUUUUUGUAUGUGUGUGACAAUACAGGGAUUGUACAGGUUUUGAAAGAUGAUCUAAAGAGAAAGGUGCCUUUUAUUAGCUUUUAUUCAAUAGAAGCAAUGAAUGAAAUAGAUGAAUUCGCAUUUUAUACUAGCUUUGAAGAAUAAAAAAAAAUGUAUUUUGAAGUAUGAGAGAGAUAGCGUAAUAGAGGUGAUUAUUCAAAAUGUUGUAUAUCUCUGUCUCACAUCUUGUAAAACUUUUUAAAAGUGGAGAUGUAUAAAAAUUUAUAAUAGUAUGGACGUAUUUUUGUAAUGGUCUAUGACUAUUACAAUAAAUUGUGUGGAUUUGAUUGCUACUAAAGACCAUAAUAUUAUGUAGUCUUCUAGUGGCUCUGGAUUUCAUUGCUAUUGAAGACAAUAUUGUAGUCUUCUAGUGGCUUGGUAAUAAAUAAUAAUAUAUAUAUAUGUAUUUAUGAUGAAUAUUCUAAUUUAUAUGAAUUUUGUGCGUAUCAAUAUUAUGUUUCUGUAGUACAAGCUUUUCUUAGUUUAGGACUAGAUGGCGCUGUGAUAAAAACGAGGAAUGUUUAUUGUUACCUAUCUAAUGUAAAAAUAUUCUAAUAUACUUUUGUUUUUCCUGUUAUACAAACAAGUUUGUUUAGAGCCUCAUAAUAUCAGAAUCAUUACUUACGUCUACUAAAUAUAUUCCACUUAUCUCUUUAUUUUGUUAGAAUCAUAUCGAAAUUGGAAUAUUUUUUUUUAAUAAUUAUCCAAUGAUAUUAUAAUAUGUAAAAAGAUGUAGAUAGGAUGUCAUCGCUCCGGAAUGGCACAUUGAAAUGUGGUUAAUAAGAUACUAGAUAUGUCGCAGUUAUCUGGAGGAAUUUGCUAUUUGAUUGAAGACUAGAGUGAUUAUUGAAUGACCACAUUUAAUUGAAUGACUAAAGAACAACUCGUCAUCCAACAAUA